AUGACAGUCAAAUCAAAUCCAGUCUGUCUUAGUUCUCGCAAAGAUGCAGAGCGUGUGGUUGAGCUCUUUGACAAUUUUUUAUUAGAUUGCGAUGGUGUCAUUUGGUUAUCUGAGACAUUGAUCGAAGGUGUAGCCGAUUUCCUUCGAUAUUUGCAACUCCACAAAAAGAAUAUUGCAUUCGUUACAAACAAUUCAUCCAAGUCACGUCAAUCGUACGUCGAGAAAUUUAGAUUUUUGGGGAUACACGGGAUCGAAAAAGAGCAGAUAUACACUACUGGCUAUUCUGCAGUAUUGGAGCUCAGAAAGAUGGGGAUACAUCCAGGGUCUAAAAUCUGGGUUCUUGGAGAUUCUGGAAUUGAAGAUGAAUUGGCCGAUGAAGGAUAUAUUGCCUUGGGCGGCUCGAACCCGCUACUUGAUCAACCAUGGAACCCAAAGAAUCCUUUGUUGAAAGUGGACCCCGAGGUAAAAGCCGUGAUUGCCGGCUCAACCAAUGACUUUAAUUUCAUGAGGAUUACAACAACGCUUCAGUAUCUAGUGUACGAUAACAAGAAAAUACCAUACAUUGGAACAAACGGCGAUCGUAACUAUCCCGGUCCCGAUGGAUUGACCUUACCUGCUGGAGGCAGUAUUGUCGAGUACAUGUCGUACUGCUCAAAUAGACCAUAUAUCGAUGUUGGUAAACCGAGCAAGACUUUUGCUGAUGUUAUUUUUUACGACACCAACUUUGACCGAUCCAAAUCAAUAAUGAUUGGAGAUACCUUGUCUUCAGAUAUCAAAUUUGGAAAUGAUGCAGAUCUAGGCAAUGGGCAUGGUACAAUGCUCGUUCUCUCUGGAGUAACAACAAUCAAUGAGUUGGAACAAUUGAUAAGUCCUGGCUCUUCAUCGUCGCACUUACAUAAAGCACAAGGGCAAGACCAGGCAUUGAUACCACAAUUUUUUGUGGACUCGUUGACGAAAUUCUACAAUCUUCUACAAAGUUGA